ACAUACAUUCACUCCUUCUCUCUGUCUCUCUUCGCUUCUCUUCUCUGCCACCCCCAUUGCUGUAACCAAAACCUCUCUUUUUUCUCCUUCUUCUUCUUCUUCUCACCAAUUACCCUUUCAGUUUUCGUCCCACACCGCUUGCUUCUCAAACCCUACUACUGUAACACAACCUUAUAUACUCCCUCUGGAACCUUAAGCUACAAAACCUUAACAUUCCUCACCAUCCUCCACCUCCGGUUUUCAAAAUUUUAUAAUUAUUCGGUUGGGGUUAUUCUAUCUGCAAACAAAAUGACGCAGCAGAAUGUGGUACCGUCCAAGACAAAAUCCGGGAUCAACAGGGACCUAGCGGUUGCGCAAAAGCCACCGGCGGCGCCGGGGGGCUACAUUCCCAUUCCGAGGAGGAGGGUUUUGAAGAACCUUGAGAUCAAUGGAGGACAAAGAAUCAAUGCAUGGGUUGAUUCCAUGAGAGCCUCUUCUCCCACCCAUGCCAAAUCAACCUCUUCCUUCGCCGAAGAACACAGCUCUUGGAUUCUUCGCCACCCUUCGGCAUUAGACAUGUUUGAGCAAAUUAUGGAUGCAUCCAGGGGAAAGCAAAUCGUCAUGUUCCUGGACUAUGAUGGUACUUUGUCACCUAUUGUUGAUGAUCCAGACCGUGCUUUCAUGUCGGAUUCGAUGAGGAAAACAGUGAGGAAACUUGCGAGGUGUUUUCCCACUGCUAUAGUUACAGGCAGAUGCAGAGACAAGGUUUACAAUUUUGUGCGAUUGGCUGAGCUAUAUUAUGCUGGAAGCCAUGGCAUGGAUAUCCAAGGCCCAACAAGAGACUCCAAAUACAGCAACAAAGACAAAGGAGAGCCAGUUCUUUUUCAACCUGCCAGUGAAUUUCUUCCCAUGAUAGACGAGGUGUACAAUGAAUUAGUUGAGAAAAUGAAAUCAAUCCCUGGAGCAAGGGUGGAGAACAACAAGUUCUGCGUCUCUGUUCAUUUUCGCUGCGUUGAUGAAAAGAAAUGGAGUGAACUGGCACAGGAAGUGAGAUCAGUAUUAAAAGAGUACCCGAAGCUUCGUCUUAACCAAGGAAGAAAGGUAUUAGAGAUUCGUCCAUCCAUUAAAUGGGACAAAGGGAAAGCACUGGAAUUUUUGUUAGAGUCACUUGGAUUUGCCAACUGUAACGAUGUCUUUCCUGUUUACAUUGGAGAUGAUAAAACCGAUGAAGAUGCAUUCAAGAAACUUAGAGACAGAGGACAAGGUUUUGGGAUUCUUGUCUCGAAAUUCCCAAAGGACACUACUGCAUCAUACUCUUUACAAGAACCUAACGAGGUGAUGGAUUUCCUUCAACGAUUGGUGGAAUGGAAACAAGUAUCCCUUCGUCUCCGAGCACGUUCCCGUGUGUAAAUGAAUAGAAUGAUAAUGUACAUCCCUACCCUGCCAUAAAAAUGGAGUCGAGCUAGGGUAGCAUAUAGGACCCUUUUUUCUUGUUUUGUUCAGAUUAGAACAAGGAACAAAAAUGUAUGAAAAAAGGAAACACAAAAGUGUCUUUCUGAGUUUGAAGCACGUUUACAUUGAUGUAAUUAACCACGUAGUUUGUAGUACGGAGGAAAAGUCUCUGUUGCAUCAAAUGUAAUACUGAAUGGAUUAUUAAUUUUGUACUUUUCCAAAAAUGAUAAUAUAUGUUACAAGUUACGUA